UGGAACAAUAUGGACAUUUGCUGCAGAGCUGAAGGAGAGACCCAAAAGAGCUUCCAUUUUGCAGAAACUAUACAGCCUUCUUCCCCAUACAUUGACCAGAUGCUAAGGCUUAGGAAAUUAGAGCUAAAGACUGAAAUUCCUCAAGGUAAGAAGACUUCCCCCUCCUAGGAAAUGGACUCCUCCAAUUUUCUCACAUGAUUAUGCAGGCACUUUCACUUUUCCAUAUAUAGGAGUCACCCAGGAGCAAGCUCUGACCAGUCGAAGGGAGUGACACAUCCACAUUCAGUCCCUCCCUUCUCACUCCUCCUCACCUUACUCUCGAAUGCUCACAGGCAGUUAGGCAGAAGUGCACCCUGUGGUUCUGCCAGAGACAAGCCUGUUGAGUUUAAAGAAGAAAAAAAGACAAAGUAAUAGCCUUAAAAUUGGUGCUUUGAAGAAGCUGAGAGGAGAACUGUGAAAAGAUGAAUGGACCAGUGGAUGGCUUGUGUGACAAUUCUCUCAGUGAAGAAGGAGCCUUCAUGUUCACAUCAGAAUCUGUAGGAGAAGGACACCCAGAUAAGAUCUGUGAUCAGAUCAGUGAUGCAGUGCUAGAUGCCCACCUCAAGCAGGACCCCAAUGCCAAAGUGGCCUGUGAGACAGUGUGUAAGACGGGCAUGGUGCUGCUGUGCGGGGAGAUAACCUCCAUGGCCACGGUGGACUACCAGCGGGUGGUGAGAGACACCAUCAAACACAUUGGCUACGACGACUCUGCCAAGGGCUUUGACUUCAAAACCUGCAAUGUGCUGGUUGCUUUAGAGCAACAGUCCCCAGAUAUUGCCCAGUGUGUUCAUCUAGACAGAAACGAAGAGGAUGUUGGUGCCGGAGAUCAGGGUUUGAUGUUUGGCUAUGCCACGGAUGAGACAGAAGAGUGCAUGCCCCUCACCAUCAUUCUUGCUCACAAGCUCAAUUCCCGGAUGGCAGAACUGCGACGCUCCGGGGUGCUCCCCUGGCUGAGGCCCGACUCAAAGACGCAGGUGACAGUUCAGUACAUGCAGGACAAUGGUGCAGUCAUCCCUGUGCGCAUCCACACCAUUGUCAUCUCCGUACAGCACAAUGAAGACAUAACACUGGAGGAUAUGCGCAAGGCCCUGAAGGAGCAAGUGAUCAAGGCCGUGGUGCCGGCCAAGUACCUGGAUGAAGACACCAUUUACCAUCUACAACCCAGUGGGCGGUUUGUCAUUGGUGGUCCCCAGGGGGAUGCAGGCGUCACUGGCCGUAAGAUUAUCGUGGACACCUAUGGCGGCUGGGGGGCACAUGGUGGUGGGGCCUUCUCCGGGAAGGACUACACCAAGGUGGACCGCUCUGCGGCUUAUGCUGCCCGCUGGGUGGCCAAGUCCCUGGUGAAGGCAGGGCUCUGCCGGAGAGUGCUUGUGCAGGUUUCCUAUGCCAUUGGGGUGGCUGCGCCACUAUCCAUUUCCAUCUUCACCUAUGGAACCUCUCAGAAGACAGAGAAAGAGCUGCUAGAUGUGGUUAAUAAGAACUUUGACCUUCGGCCUGGAGUCAUCGUAAGGGAUUUAGAUUUGAAGAAGCCCAUCUACCAGAAGACUGCAUGCUAUGGCCAUUUUGGAAGAAGCGAAUUCCCGUGGGAAGUUCCCAAAAAGCUUGUGUUUUAGAGUGAGGAGCUGGGUCUGGCCUUACCCUGGAGGCAUCUGGGCACCACAUUCGUCUGCUCCAGGAUCCCAACUCUCAGCUCUCCCAGACCAAAGGCUGCUGAGUGUGGUCAAGAGAGAGUCCUCCCCGCCCCUCCAGCCCUGCCCCACUGCUCCCUCCUGGGCAAGGCCUGCACCCUUUCAUUUAGCCCUAUCCUGUCAUCAUCAUGAAUGGCAGGAAGCGGGCAGCUUCCUGGUGCUGAGGGUCUGAUCUCCUCGUGAGGAGAGCCACAAUGUUCCCCUACCUCUCCCUCAGACAAGGUGAUGUUAACGUUACAGAAAAACCUACCAGGAGUAAGUCCCCUCUCCUCCCCAACAGCCUGGACCCAGACCAGGUCCUGCAUCACCUGGCAUGUGCCCAGUUGAGUGCAUCUCACAGAUCUCCUGGGAGAGCCUUGAACCAGACCCUUCACAAAGAGCCUCCCAGGCCAGGCUUCUGGCUGGCAUAAGAACAGGAGCUGCCAUGGGCUAAGUACCCACAAUGAGGAAGGGUCUGAGCUAACCACCGAUGGUAUUUCUUCUUCACUGCAACAUGAUAAGGUAUCACCUUUGUUAUCCCUGUUUAUAAAUGGGGAAAUGAAGCACAGACCACGUAGGUAACUUUCACAAGUCCUCACAGCCACAUGUGUCAGGGCCUAGACAUGAAUCUAGAUUUGACCUAGGAGUCUGGACCCCACCUGACCCCCCAAUCUCAUGCCAGAAACAGGACUGAGUAAUGACAAAUCAGACUGAGGUGAGGCUUUGUCCUCUGUCCUAAAGACCUGAGGUCGCUGGGAAUUAGGGGAUUAACUCACUGGCUCUUGGUAAGCCCUGAGCAAUGAUCUGAAAAUUCAGGAGAGAAACAAAGGACUGUUCAUUUGCCUCAUUUAUAUCAAAAGACAGUUCAGGGUGAACUGGAUGGGCUGGAGUUUGUAAUUAAGAAGGAAACACAUAACCCCAGCUAUUGACCACUUACGCAUAUGAAGGGCUGGACCUCUGGGGUAAAUGAUUCAAGUCUCGUCCAGUCCCACCUGGGCUUCCUGGAGUAGGAGAAGUAGCUCAUUGUAGCACAGGUGGCCAGCCCCUUUAACAAGGUUCUGGAAUCCUGUGUCCUUUAUGUCUUUCUCUCUCUCUCUGGCUCUUUUGUAGCCCUGCAAACUCAGUGCUAUUAGAAUAAGUAGGUGAGCUCCUCAGAUCCUCCUGCCAGAGAAGCCAGUUCUAAGACCAAGAUAUCUAAUGUUCAAUGGUGCCCUAGAGGGCAGGGCUUGAAUUUUAGUGAUAGAGGAGUUGGCUGAGAUGUCACAGAAGAUCCUGCUUUUGCCACGUAGCUUCUGGCUCUACUUCUGAGGGACCUGAAGUGUCCUCAGCGUGACAACGUCUUGGUGCUGUAUGUUCACCUGUCUUUCCAUCCAUGGCCACCCACCAUAGCUGUCCUAUGCCUGGGAAGCAUCUCUACCUUCUUCCCAGCUCCCCAGACCACAGGUUCAGGUAGGGGCCUCCAUGGGCCUCACGAGAGCACUGAGGACCGGGCUUCUUUCCAAGGCAAAUGGUGCUGGUUCUGGCUGUGACUGACAGCCCAAGAUGCCUCAUGUGGGAGCAGACAUCCUGUUUCUGGGCUCUAGGCUUGAAACACAAGGACCUUUGGGUAUCUCAUUCCAUUAGGGGAAAGGCAGCUCCAGGAGAGGAAAAAGAAACCUAAAUUACUAUAAAAACUUAGAGCUUGUGUGACACAGGAUGCUCUGAUCUUUCCAGUUACCCAGAAGUCUCUGGUUCUUUUCAGGAGAAGGAAGCACAGCUUUGAAGGUGGCUGAGUUCCCUUAACUCAGGUUAUAUUUGAAGUGAAAAUUCUAUAUUUUCCCCACCCCCUAGAUAAAUAAGAUCUUUUUUUCUGUCAACAUUGUUUAUAUAGAGAGCCUUUAUUGUUUCUUGCUAGGACAGUGAAUAAAGACCCAUGGAGCAACUCUC